UUAAAAGAGAGGCAUCAUUUCAAUUAUAUCCAGAAAAUGCAAAGCUAUCCACUACAAAUUUUGUUGGCAAAAGGAGUACAACGUAGCUUGUCAGCAAAUUUUUAUAUUUUGCAAUUAUACAUAUAAUUUAUAUGUUAGCAACGAAAGAAUGUGAAUCGCAAGUGAAAACAAGUCCUACUGAAUAACACAAUUCAUCGAAAAUAAGUUUUAUAAAUUAUAUAAUUGGUUUUAAUACAAUUUUAAAACACAGUCGUUAGAAGAGCGAACGAAGAUGAGAAAUGCUUCGCAUCACGGGAUUCACGGGCGACCGUGGCGACCGAGACGCGAAAUUGGCGGGAAAACGCCAGUCUGGGUCAGCUGUUCCAAUGGCCGCGGUAUGUUUACGUCGCCAGCGGUGUCUCGCGCCUGAAAAUUGUGAAGUCGCGACUGGACGCGAUUUCAGAAUCGCGCAAACCGACCGUUCGUCAAUCGAGGAUCCAUCCCGUCCACCCGAGAUGGAUUCGAUUUGCACGCAAAGGUUUUACGGCAACAGGAUACGGAAGCGUUCGCCGUCCAGGUCCAACUGGGUGAAAACGUACCGGGUCAUGCCGUCGCACAUACUUGGCCCGACGCAAUACUGGCGAGAGUUUUUCAAGCAGGCUGACGCGCUGGCCGCGGCUGCCGAGCGCAGCACGAAAACGGACACUCUGUGCACCUUCGUGUACCAGCGGCCCGACGACGGCAGUCGCAGGUUCGUCGUCGCGCAUCCGGAGGUCUACUGGUGGCACUACAAGAUGAAGCCGCAGGAAGAGAGAUGCUCGUACGAGAUAAUACCAAAAGAUUCACCGUGCUGGUUAUAUCUGGACCUGGAAUACCCAAUCGAACCGAAUCCGCUCUGCGACGGGCCACGCAUGACCAGAACGCUGAUAGAUAUCAUACGAGCGUACUUACUUAAUCACUACCAUCUGUUAUGCGACAGGAGUAACUUCUUAAUACUGGACUCCACGUCCAGUAAGAAGUUCAGUAGACACGUAAUUUUUACCAUGAAGGAUAUGGCUUUUAAAGACAACUCGCACGUUGGAAAGCUCAUCAAGACCAUAUGCAACGAUAUCCUGCUUUAUUUGAGAUCGAAUACAAUGUCGCAUGGAAUUUUAAGUCACUUUAACAAGCCGGACAUCGAGGAGAUGCUCGUGAAGACGCAGCACGGCGAGAAAUUGUUCGUUGACAACGGCGUCUAUACGAAGAACAGACACUUCAGAAUGUACCUGUCCACCAAGUGGGGAAAACAGUCGCAUCUAACAGUCGCUUCGGAUUGCGUGCAUAAUGUGGUGAACAAGUGCAGAGAGAAGGAGCUGGGGAUCUUUUUGGAUUCUCUGAUAUCGUACUUCCCGAACAAGCCAAAUUUAAUUCUGCUCGAGUUCUCGAAUCGAAGCGACGUGAAGGCUCAGCUUUACUCGAAUAUACCGACACGGCCCGUUCGCGAGAGCGACGACCAGACCUCGCCAUAUCCCGAGAUCGACAGGUACAUUCGCAGUCUCAUCGAUCCCGGCAAGAUACGUACCGCUAGAUAUUGUGACAAGACCAAAACGCUAAGAUACGAAAUCUACGGCAACAGAUACUGUGAAAACAUUGGCAGGUAUCAUAAGAGCAACAACGUAUAUUGGAUUGUGGAUUUAAAUACAAAAAAGAUAUAUCAGAAAUGUCACGAUGAAGACUGUUCGGGGUUUUCAUCUACCCCGAAGAGUUUACCGGAAGAAAUUCUUUUCAAGUUAGACACAGAGGGUGAUGUUUUCAUAUCUCGUGUAAUAAUAGAUGAAGACGUUACAGAGAAGAUAUAAAAAUUAUUAAAUAUGCUUUCGUGAGCACAGACGUAUAAUAUGUAUAUAAAUGUGUACAAAUGCCUUUUAUUAUUCCUGAAUAAAUUUAUUUUUAGCACGUU